AUGACAGAGGUUAAGCCAUCUGAGCUCAUCAUCUUCUGUUUCAUGCUGCUUCACGGUUUUGUAGCAGCAUUGAAUUGUACCAGCUCAAGCCCUGAAUCCUUGUUCAAUGCAUUUGAGAAGGAUUUAUUUCCAAAAAAACUGGUGCGGCCCGUAAAAAGGUUUUCAGAUCCAAUUAACAUAACCAUUGGCAUCACUGUGGUGGGAAUUUUAGGAGUGAAUGAAAAAACCCAAACCCUGACAACAUUCUUAUGGCAAAUCCUGGAGUGGGACAUAGAGGGACUGAGCUGGGAUGAGAAGGAAUGUGGAACCAAAAGAGUCUCUCUCCCUCGGGAAAAGCUGUGGAUUCCAGAUGUCCAAAUCUCAGAGUUCAUGGACGAGGACAAAUCUCCCGAAAGUCCCUAUCUCUACUUAUACAACACAGGUCAUGUUUAUGAUGAUAAGCCAGUCAGAGUGAUCAGUUCCUGCCGAUUAAUAAUCUACACUUUCCCCUUCGAUAUCCAAAACUGUACUCUGACCUUUGGAUCAUAUCUACACUUUGCUUCAGAAAUAACGAUGAUUCAAGGCGCCACAUCUGAGGAGAUCCUGCAGGAGUCCAGAGAAGUGAUGGAGACCAAUGGGGAGUGGGAGCUUGUCGACAUCAAAGUGUCCACAUCUACUCUGGUGUUAUAUGAGGGAAGCUACUCUGAGAUCAAAUACUUUAUCAUUUUAAGACGUAGGCCAAUCCUGUAUGUGGUGAACCUCCUGAUCCCCAGCUGCUUCCUCAUCACAUUGGAUAUUUUCAGCUUCCUGCUGCCUCCCCAUAGUGUGGACAGAUGUGCCUUCAAGAUGACCCUCAUCCUGGGCUACACGGUCUUCCUGCUCAUCAUGAAUGACCUGCUACCUGUCACUGGGUAUACAACACCUAUUUUGAACGUUGCGUUCUCAAUCAGUUUCGCUCUGAUGGUGGCCAGCCUGUUGGAGACCAUAUUUAUCACUAAUAUCCAGUUUAGCUCCAGCCAAUACAAUGCGGUGCCUCACUGGGUCAGCGUCCUUGUGCUACACUAUCUAGCUAUAGUCGUUCGUCUCCCCCCAAAAAAGAAGAGUAACCGUGUCACCGUCUCCAUUCGCCCACCUGCUGGAGACAUCAUCCCAACAAAUGAGUUUCAGAGCAUCUCUGGUAGCACACCUUCAUUAAAACCCCCUCUGGAGCCAGCCCUGGAUGAACUGAUGAAGCUGAGCAAUGAUCUCAGGGUCAUCCGCCUCCUGAUGGAAAAACACUGCGAGGGAAGCAAAACAUCGCGGGAGUGGUACAUGGUCGGUAUAGUCAUAGACCGUCUGCUUUUUGGCAUCUACAUUGUCUUCAUCUUGGUCAGCUUUAUUACCAUUGUAUGUAUCUGGGUUUUUAGCAACUUACUGCACUGAUUUACCUAGCUGGAGAGUAAAAUCACAUUGAUAAGUUGAUCACCAACAAAAGUUUGAAUGAGCUAAUAGUUAACAAAAUGAGUGAUGACAUGUAGUAUC